AGCUGCAGCAGGAUGACAAUGAUUGGUAUGAUUCAGUCAACCAUAAAUUUAUCAGUAUCAUCUUUAAUUCUUACAACAACCCUGGAGGCAGGUGUUAUCCCUGUUUUCCAGGUGAGGAAACAAGAAUCAGAGAGCUUGCCCAGGGUCAUGUAACCUCUAAGUGACCGAAUCAUGAUUUAAACCUAUAUCUGCCAGGCCCCAAAACUCAACCACUAAAGGUGAAAGAAUCAGAGAGAGAUUCGGCCCCCAGUAGGAAGGUGAUAGCAGAUAGUCUCUAAGGGCGGGGCUGUGGCUUCUCUGAUCUCAGGCCCCUCUCCUCUGCCCAGGCCCCGCCCCUGCCCCUCCCAGCGCUGCCUGGACGUGUGGGGUGAGAGCUCCUCCUAGGACACCCCUUCCUCUUGGGGAAAGAAUUACAACCUGCCCCAGGGUCCCACCCCAGGAGGACCCUCUCCUCCUUCUACAUCAACACCCCUCUGAGGGCAGGGAGUGCCUCCACCUGCAUCCCCACCAACCUAGCCUCAGGCCCCACUGGCCCCCGCAGAGGUCACACUGAGAUGACGGUCAAGCUGGAUUUCGAGGAAUGUCUUAAGGACUCACCACGCUUCCGAGCCUCUAUCGAGCUGGUGGAAGCCGAAGUUUCAGAACUGGAGACCCGACUGGAAAAGCUCCUCAAGCUGGGUAAUGGCCUUCUGGAAAGUGGGCGCCAUUACCUUGCUUCCAGCCGGGCCUUCAUUAUUGGCAUUUGUGAUCUGGCCCGCUUGGGUCCACCAGAGCCCAUGAUGGCGGAGUGUCUGGACAAAUUCACUGAGAGCCUGAGUCACAAGCUGGAUAGCCACUCGGAGCUUCUAGAUGCCACCCAGCACACACUGCAGCAGCAAAUCCAGACCCUGGUUAAAGAAGGUCUCCGGGGUUUCCGAGAGGCUCGCCGGGAUUUCUGGCGGGGGGCCGAGAACCUAGAGGCUGCUCUUACCCACAACGCAGAGGUCCCCAGGCGUCGGAUCCAAGAAGCAGAAGAAGCAGGAGUUGCUUUGAAGACUGCUCGAGCCGGUUACCGGGGACGGGCACUAGAUUAUGCCCUGCAGAUCAAUGUGAUCGAGGACAAGAGGAAGUUUGACAUCAUGGAGUUUGUGCUGCGUUUGGUGGAGGCCCAGGCUAUGCAUUUCCAGCAGGGCCACGAGGAGCUGAGUCGGCUGGCCCAGUAUCGCAAGGAGCUAGGCGCCCAGUUGCACCAGCUGGUCUUGAAUUCAGCUCGCGAGAAGAGGGACAUGGAGCAGAGACAUGUACUGCUGAAACAAAAGGAGCUGGGUGGGGAGGAGCCAGAGCCAAGCCUAAAGGAGGGGCCUGGUGGCCUGGUCAUGGAAGGACAUCUCUUCAAACGGGCCAGCAAUGCAUUUAAGACCUGGAGCAGACGCUGGUUCACUAUUCAGAGCAACCAACUGGUUUAUCAGAAGAAGUACAAGGAUCCUGUGACUGUGGUGGUAGAUGACCUUCGCCUCUGCACAGUGAAGCUCUGCCCUGACUCGGAAAGGCGGUUCUGCUUUGAGGUGGUAUCCCCCAGCAAGUCCUGCCUCUUGCAGGCUGACUCAGAGCGCCUCCUGCAGCUGUGGGUCAGUGCUGUGCAAAGCAGCAUUGCCACGGCCUUCAGCCAGGCUCUCCUUGAUGACAGCCCUCGGGGUCCAGGCCAGGGCUCAGGACAUCUGGUCAUGGGUUCUGCUGCCACCCUGGGCUCUGGUGGGACGACCAGGGGAAGGGAGGCUGGUGGAGUGGGGCAUGUGGCAGCUCAGGUACAGAGUGUGGAUGGCAAUGCCCAGUGUUGCGACUGCCGUGAACCAGCCCCUGAGUGGGCCAGCAUCAACCUUGGUGUCACCCUCUGCAUUCAGUGCUCCGGCAUCCACAGGAGCCUUGGUGUUCAUUUCUCCAAAGUCCGUUCUCUGACACUUGACUCGUGGGAACCAGAACUAGUAAAGCUUAUGUGUGAGCUGGGAAAUGUAGUCAUCAACCAGAUCUAUGAGGCCCGUGUGGAGGCCAUGGCUGUGAAGAAACCAGGGCCCAGCUGCUCCCGGCAGGAGAAGGAGGCCUGGAUUCAUGCCAAAUAUGUGGAGAAGAAGUUCCUGACCAAGCUUCCUGAGGUUCGAAGGCGAAGAGGCGGCCGGGGGCCCCCAAGAGGGCAGCCUCCUGUGCCCCCAAAGCCUUCCAUUAAGCCCCAGCCAGGGAGCUUCAGAUCCAAGCCAGAGCCACCCUCUGAUGACCUGGGCAGCCUGCAUCCUGGGGCCCUGCUGUUUCGGGCUGCUGGGCAUCCUCCAUCCCUCCCCACCAUGGCUGAUGCCCUUGCCCAUGGAGCAGAUGUCAACUGGGUCAAUGCGGGUCAAGAGAAUGCCACACCACUGAUCCAGGCCACAGCUGCUAAUUCUCUUCUGGCCUGUGAGUUUCUCCUCCAGAAUGGGGCAAACGUGAACCAAGCAGACAGCCACGGCAGGGGCCCACUCCACCACGCAACCAUUCUUGGGCACACUGGGCUGGCCUGCCUGUUCCUGAAACGGGGAGCCGACCUGGGAGCUCGGGACUCUGAAGGCAGGGACCCUCUGACCAUAGCCAUGGAAACAGCCAACGCUGACAUCGUCACCCUGCUACGAUUGGCAAAGAUGAGAGAAGCUGAAGCAGCUCAAGGCCAGGCAGGAGACGAGACGUAUCUCGACAUCUUCCGUGACUUCUCCCUCAUGGCGUCGGAUGACCCGGAGAAGCUGAGCCGGCGUAGUCAUGACCUCCACACGCUUUGAUUCCAGGACUUCGCCGGCCCGCGACUCCUGCCCUUCCCCACUAUCAGGCCCGUCGCCAUUAAAGCCUUUGUGUUUUGCUC